CAACUCAUGUACUCAUGUACUCAUGUAACUGGGGUAUGCCGGUGUCCUUUUUGCAUGUUAAUUUAUAUUAUUAUGUACACAUUAAUUGUUAUUACUUCGUUAUAAUUCGAAUGCAGUUGGGAAAGAUAUCUCGGGUAAGUCGUUUCACGAAGAAAGCCCAUGUAGACACAGCAUGUCAGCAGCCUCAAGUGGGAGGUCAUGCGGCUUCAACUUCGCAGAGAGCGGACUGCCCAAUUCCGCCGCCCAGUGGCAGUAGUGCCCCCACAUCCUCGUCUUUACGCCCCUUUCGUCCACCCCGAACCGAACCACUGCCUGCUCCACAGGCUUCCAUGAAUGAUGUUGAAAACUCGGGGCCGGACGCCGAGGCAGAUGAGGUAGAUUCUUUUGACCAACAUGUUGAUAACCUUUUAGCUGCACAGGAUGCUCAGAAGCGCAAGGGACGCAAGACCACAGAAUUUUGGGAUGUUAAGACAAUUGAAUCCGAUGGCACAAUCAAACAGGUCAAACUGAGUGUGAAGGAAGCUAUGAAGCCACCUAACGAAAGAAAGGUUGUACUCAGGUUUAACAGUGCACUGCAACCAGUUGGGGAUGAAGCAGGUUUACUGAGCGGCAUUAUGGGACUGCUAGGAUCUGACUACACCAAAUUCCCAAUCGGCGAGAGGGACUGGAGAAAGGUUCGCACCAGGGAGAAGGUCUAUAAUGAAAUAGUAAAGGAAAUGUUCCAUUUUGAAGAAGAUAGUAGAGGAAUUAUAAAGUCUGUAAUAUUCAAGAUGCUGGGAAGGGCUUGGAAGGAAACGAGAAGCAGAUUAUACCAUCACUACUAUGACGCAGAACUUUCACUUGCAGCAAAUAUUGAAAACCGCCCAGAUGGAAUUACUGCGGAACAUUGGAGAAAGUUUCUCGAUUAUCGCAAUAGCGAAGAGACACAGGAGAAGUGUAAAAAAAAUGCCGAGAAUCGAUCAAAGCAGCUUUACACCCACAUCGGCGGAUCAAAAAGCUUGGCAAGGCUCGGAGAAGAAGAGGUAAUCUAA